CCUUCGGGAGGCGGGGAGAAGGAGCCAGGAGGGCGGGCGGCGGACGCGCCCGCUGCCGGGGGAGCAGGCAGCCAGGCAAGGAGAGAGGGAGGGGGCCGGAGCCCUCCCUGCGCCCGGAGCUGCAGCCCCGCCACACACGGAGGAAGGCAGCCAGCAUCCAUCUCCUACGCGCCCAGAGCGCGCUGCGGCGACCGCCGCACCGCAGAGUGCGGCUCUCCGGCAGCCUCACGUCCCCUUCCCCGGCUCGGAGCUGGUCUGCCUAGCUAGCACGGGGAGACGCUGACCCCCCCCUCCGCCCCCCACCCCAAAGCUUUGUGUGGAUCUCUCCCAUUUUCCCGCUGAGAUGGGAACGGGAGCCCGGCCCCUCCAUCCCUCUCCACCUCCCGGGGCUUGCCGCUGAGCGCCGCCCCCCUCCCUUCCUCCCUCCCUUCCUUCCUCCUUCCCUCCUCUGCCUCCUCCACAGCCGGACCAGUUUCCGCCCACAUCUGGCGCCUGGACACCCUCCGGAUUCCACGCACCCUUCCCUGGACCGGCAUCCAACAGAAAGCGCCCCGAGGAGCUUGGGUCGCUUUUGGGAAGGCCAGAGCCAAGUUCCUCUGUUUCCAAGCCCCCGACGGCUGGGGGGAGGGGGGAGGAGGCCGCGUGCCCCCCUCCCCGGUGCCGACUCCCCCUGGCGGCUGCUCCCAUGGGUGUCGCUAGGCCGCGCCAUGCCUAAGGGGGCGCCGCAAUGGGCCAAGGGGACGAGAGCGAGCGCAUCGUGAUCAACGUGGGCGGCACGCGCCACCAGACGUACCGCUCGACGCUGCGCACGCUGCCCGGCACGCGGCUCGCCUGGCUGGCCGAGCCCGACGCCCACAGCCACUUCGACUAUGACCCUCGCGCUGACGAGUUCUUCUUCGACCGCCACCCGGGCGUCUUCGCGCACAUCCUGAACUACUACCGCACCGGCAAGCUGCACUGUCCGGCCGACGUGUGCGGGCCGCUCUACGAGGAGGAGCUGGCCUUCUGGGGCAUCGACGAGACUGACGUGGAGCCCUGCUGCUGGAUGACCUAUCGCCAGCACCGCGACGCCGAGGAGGCGCUGGACAGCUUCGGUGGCGCGCCCCUGGACAACAGUGCGGACGACGCGGACGCCGACGGUCCCGGCGACUCGGGAGACGGCGAGGACGAGCUGGAGAUGACCAAGCGCCUGGCGCUCAGCGACUCCCCCGAUGGACGGCCGGGCGGCUUCUGGCGCCGCUGGCAGCCGCGCAUCUGGGCGCUCUUCGAGGACCCCUACUCGUCCCGUUAUGCGCGGUAUGUGGCCUUGGCCUCCCUCUUCUUCAUUCUGGUCUCCAUCACCACCUUCUGCCUGGAGACCCACGAGCGCUUCAACCCCAUCGUGAACAAGACGGAGAUCGAGAGCGUCCGGAAUGGCACGCAAGUCCGCUACUACCGGGAAGCCGAGACGGAGGCCUUCCUUACCUACAUCGAGGGCGUCUGCGUGGUCUGGUUCACCUUUGAGUUUCUCAUGCGCGUGGUCUUCUGCCCCAACAAGGUCGAAUUCAUCAAGAACUCCCUCAACAUCAUUGACUUUGUGGCCAUCCUGCCCUUCUACCUGGAGGUGGGCUUGAGCGGCCUCUCCUCCAAGGCGGCCAAGGACGUCCUGGGUUUCCUGCGCGUCGUCCGCUUCGUGCGCAUCCUGCGCAUCUUCAAGCUGACUCGCCAUUUUGUGGGCCUGCGGGUCCUGGGCCACACGCUGCGCGCCAGCACCAACGAGUUCUUACUGCUCAUCAUCUUCCUGGCCUUGGGCGUCCUGAUCUUCGCCACCAUGAUCUACUACGCCGAGAGGAUAGGGGCCCAGCCCAACGACCCCAGCGCCAGCGAGCACACGCACUUCAAGAACAUCCCCAUCGGCUUCUGGUGGGCCGUGGUCACCAUGACGACGCUGGGCUACGGAGACAUGUAUCCGCAGACGUGGUCCGGCAUGCUGGUGGGAGCUCUGUGCGCGCUGGCCGGCGUGCUCACCAUCGCCAUGCCCGUGCCCGUCAUUGUGAACAAUUUCGGGAUGUAUUACUCCUUAGCCAUGGCUAAGCAGAAACUACCAAAGAAAAAGAAGAAGCAUAUUCCGCGGCCACCACAGCUGGGAUCUCCCAAUUAUUGUAAAUCUGUCGUAAACUCUCCACAUCACAGUACUCAGAGUGACACAUGCCCGCUGACCCAGGAAGAAAUUUUAGAAAUUAACAGAGCAGAUUCCAAACUGAAUGGGGAGGUGGCGAAGGCCGCGCUGGCGAAUGAAGACUGCCCCCACAUAGACCAGGCCCUCACUCCCGAUGAGGGCCUGCCCUUUACGCGCUCGGGCACCCGCGAGAGAUACGGACCCUGCUUCCUCUUAUCAACUGGGGAGUACGCGUGCCCACCUGGUGGAGGAAUGAGAAAGGAUCUUUGCAAAGAAAGCCCUGUCCUUGCUAAGUAUAUGCCGACAGAGGCUGUGAGAGGGACUUGACCAGGCGGCUUGGCCCAGGACAUUGGUGGCUAUUAAGCAUCUGGGUGGACCUGCAGCCCCUCCUCGCCCUCGGACAGAGUAAAUUCACGCCAUGCAGGUUUGCCGGACGAGUCCGAGUGGCCCAGCCAGGCAUUGUACUAGGACGGACGUAGCUUUUCCUACGGCCAAAUGGUAACUGACCGUAGAGGAUUUCUUCUCCUUCUUUUCUUUCUUUCUUUAUUUUUUCUUUACAUUCCCCCCCUCAUUUACUUUGGGGGGUGGGGAGGGUGGGAGGAGGGGUUCCUUAGCAUGACUUGCAUGAAGUUAAACAGAAACCCCAGCCAACCGAUCCCACCACACCCCUGCAACUGUCUAAGAUUACCUUAAAAGAACAAUAGCAAAUAAUGGGAAGAAAAAACAAACGUUCUCUAUUUUCUUUCGAAGCUCUUUACUUUUGACAUGCAUCGUGGAUGCCACACUGUCACGGUGUGCUCUCAGUAGAAGCCGCUGCGAUUCUGGGGGCCAGGGGAGGAGGGCUGCGGGCGGGGCCCAUGGCUUCCCUUGUAUCGGAGUCUGCAAUCACUGGGCAAGGUUCUAAAGGGGGCACUUGGCCGGCCAUCAGUCACUGAGCUCACCUUCCUAGCACAUCUCAUACGUGGAGACCGAGAACUUUGCUCCAACUAGAAGCGUGGAUACCUGCACCUCGGCCUUCUUCUUGCUCCGUGUGGCAUGCUUGUGACCCAGCGGACAUCACCCCAAGGCCCCUGACUGCAGCUAGUCUAGAUCGAUUCUGUCAUCCUAUCGGUGUAUAGCGCCGGUGUGACCUCCUCUCAUGACCCAUUUGUUCAUAGUAAGCAAUUGAAGCUGUAUGGAGUUGCUAAGCGUCCUUUUAAAGCAGGAUGUAGAACACCACAAGAACAGGACCUCGGGAAGGGUGGCCCUCCUCCCCCUCGAUUAAGGCACAUUGUAUGCAAUUUAGAAUUUCAGAGUAAAAAAACAAAACAAAACAACAACAACAAAAAACUCUGCAUGCCCAAUGUUAUGCAAAGCGACUCUAGCAUGAAAUAAAUUGUGUGUCUUGGUUUCUGUAUAUACCCUAAAGCGAUUUGUUUACCUGGAGCAAUCGGGAGGUUUGCAAAUCCCACUCUCUUCUGCAUUGCCCAUCAAUAGAGUUAUUUUCCCAACUGCAAGAGAGGACAGUAGCUUGGCUUUGGUCUGAUUCUAAAAUAGUUGGUGGGGGGGAUCGGGUGUUGGGGCAAAUGGAUAAUAUUUUUGAAAAACACAUGUUUGGGUUGGUAAAAAAAAGAGAGAGAAAAAAAAUUUAAAGCACCACCUCGAGCUUCCCUCACAGCUCAGAACAUUUCCUGAAAAGGGAACAAUGAUGCUUUAGCUCAACAGACACCCCCCCUCUACCGGGGCCCUGGUCCCCCAAUAAUAAAAAGUGGAUUUUUGAGAUGAA